AAACUAAUUAUUGUUAUCUUAAAUUUCAGUUAAAUUAAUUCUAUGUUGUCAUUUCAAAUUAUUCUACAUGGAUUUCUUCUCUGGGCUUCCAUGGGUUUCUUGAUGCCUAUUGGAAUUCUUGUAAUAAGAAUGUCAAAUAGACACGAAGAAUGUGGAACAAGGCUAAAGAUUAUUCAUGCUAUUUUACAGGUACUAUCUUUUCUACUUGUAACAGCAGCAGCAAUCAUGUCAAUAGGAAACUUUGACAACUCUUUCACAAAUAAUCACCAAAGGAUUGGCUUAGCUGUUUAUGCUGCCAUAUGGCUGCAAGCAGCCACUGGGAUUUUGAAGCCUGACAGAGAAAGCAAAGGAAGGAGUAUAUGGUUUUCAGUUCACUGGCUUCUUGGAGUUACAGUUUCUUUACUGGGAAUUAUCAACAUAUAUACAGGUUUGCAGUCAUAUCACACAAGAACAAUGAGAAGCACAAGUGUUUGGAACCUGGCUUUUACUGUUGAGAUUGUUGUUAUCCUUUUCAUCUAUCUGCUCCAAGAAAAAUGGCCCUAUAUAAAGCAAAUCAGGAGUAAUUUAGUCAAUGAAACAGCAACGACAAACGGAGUAAGGAACAUCUUCAGCAGAUGAGAAAAAGGAAUUGUCACUCGUGUCAUCAUC